AUGUAAACAAAUAAAAUUAGAUUAGCAUCACACGCAAAUUCAUGGUAUACAGGAAAUAAAUAAAAAUUAGAUUAAGAGUUAAAUGAAUAUUUAUAAAACUCUUAAGUUGAAAUUUAGGAUAUUAAAUAAAUUAAAGGGAUAAUAGGACCUCAUGCAGGUUUUUAUUAUAGUGGUCCAACUGCAGCAUGGUCCUACAAAUAUUUAUGCCCAUAAGAUAAUCUAAGGGUUUUUUUAUUAGGACCUUGUCAUCAUAUUUAUCUGAAUUCUUGUGGAACUUCAGAUUUAGAUUUUUACGAUACUCCUUUAGGAAGCAUUCGCUUAGAUAAAUAAAUAAUCGAAUAAUUAAAAUAAACUGAAUAAUUCUAAGUAUUAAAUAAAUCUGACGAAGAAGAUGAACAUUCACUAGAAAUGCAUUUACCUUAUAUAUAAAAACAAUUAGGAUCUAAACCAUUUACACUUAUUCCUAUAAUGGUUGGAAAUAUAAACUUUUAAUAAGAAAAAUAAUACGGAUAAAUAUUAAGUUAAUUUUUUGAUGAUGAAAAUACCGUUUUUAUUAUUUCAAGUGAUUUCUGCCAUUGGGGAUCAAGGUAUAUUUAUUAGUUUUAUCAUUUACAUACUGAGUUCUAUUUUUAGAUUUUAGUAUACUUAUUAUAACAAGGCUGACGGAGAAAUAUGGUAAUCAAUCGAAAAAUUAGAUAAACAAGGAAUGAGUUUGAUCGAAAAACAUGACAAUAGUAACUUUAAUUAAUAUUUAGAAAAUACAGAAAAUACAAUUUGUGGAAGACAUCCUAUUGCAGUUUUCUUAUCUGUUCUUAAUAAUAGUGUAAAAUACAAACAAUAAUUAAAAACAAAAUUUUUACAUUAUGCAUAAAGUGAAUAAAUUAAAAAUAAAAAAGAU